CAUGCACUUCAUGCGUAUAGUGCUGAUCAUCAUCUAAACAAAGAAUGGAAAAGCACAGGCCUUAAUUUCCGUCAUUUUGAAAUUUUAAGCCAUUUGUCGACUGGAAUCAGUCGGCAGCAGAUCAUAUAGAUAGGCAUGAGGCGUGCUAAGUCUGCUCCAUCUACUACCUCUGGAGGAUCUACUAGUACUGCUCCUGCAUCAAGCUCUGCUGACAAGAAUAUGACAUCUGCAACAACAACAGCAGCUGCAGCAGAGAAGACGACAGGGUCUGCACAGGGUGCUGCUGCAUCACCUGCUGCUCAAGCCCAUGCGGCUAUCACAGAUGCAGGUGCCUCUAUCCAAGACAUGCUGAAAGAACUACACCGAUUGGUCAAAGAAACUCAAAUGGAGAGGGCGAAAAGCGAACAGACACUUCAGACCAUCAACAAGACUCAUGAGCGCAUGCACUCGGAGGGGAAGAUCUCGCCAUAUUUCAAGUCCAAACUGAGAACGUUGUAUCAGUCGGCUGUAACUGAGGCAGAGAGCGAGGCAGAGAUACUUCGAAAGGCCUUGAAAAAAAUAGCCGACAUCAAAGCGGUACGAAAUGAGCAGCGUCUACAGGCCAAGAAUGCUGGAUUGUAUACAGACGCUGAUGGGCCGAGGAAGACGAUGAGAAGAGGAGUACUGAUGACUAUGUUACAACAAGCAGCUUUAACAUUACCGUUGUGGAUUGGUCGACCAGGGGAAAGUCCACCAGCACUGUGUGGUGCCGUCCCAGCAGAGAAUAACUACCUCGCCAAACCUGGGGACAAGGUUGCUGCUCGGGUCAAAGGUAUCGAUGGUGAUGAGAACUGGAUUCUAGCUGAAGUGGUAUCAUUCAACCCUGCUACCAAUAAAUAUGAAGUGGAUGACAUCGAUGAAGAAGGAAAAGAACGUCACUUGUUGUCCAAGAGGAGGAUUGUUCCGUUGCCGCUGAUGAAAGCAAACCCAGAGACCAACCCUGAGGCACUUUUCAAGAAGGGCACGUUGGUGAUGGCCCUGUAUCCACAAACAACAUGCUUCUACAGAGCGCUCAUUGAUGCACCCCCUGAAGGGCCCAUGGAUGAUUACAACGUGUUGUUUGAGGAUAACUCCUAUGCUGAUGGCUAUUCACCUGCCCUCAAAGUGGCCCAACGGUAUGUUGUACAGGUCAAAGAACCACGACGGCGAUGAAUAAUGCUGACCCACGUCUGGACAAAAUGCCUGUCAAGUGCUACAACUUCGACAAUGGCAACUUAGCUGAAGGUGGUACCAGUGGUGACCAGUGGACAUUUGUACACCUGGACUCCGGCCACCAUUUAGAAUGGUCACUCUUCUGUUGUGGUCAAUUGUGCAUGUGAACUCUGACCACCAAGUUGCUUGACCACUGCAGUA